UUAACAGAGUAAACCGAUUGCUGUCCAUCGAGCAUACGGGGUUGGGUGGUUGAGCAAAUUGAGCAUUCUAUUUCUUGUCUCUUGAUGGCCUUUAUGGCUCAAUAAUAAGAGUACAGGGGCAAAUUCGAUAUUUUAGUUUUGAACAGAAUCUGAAAUAAAGGACUGUCAAGCAAGGGUAAUCCUGGAAACUUUGUAUGCGCUCUAAACUCUAUUAAGAGUUUUUCUUUUUUAAUUUCGAUGUUCAUAACUCUUUCUUCUUUUUCUAAAAAAUCAAAAUCCCUAAUUUCCCCCGCUUGCUACUGCUAGGGUUUCUUUCUCUUCUCUCUCGCAACUCACCAGGUUUCUUUGGAGAAAAAAGGAAAUGUCUCGAGUUUACGUGGGUAACCUUGACCCACGAGUUUCGGAGCGAGAUCUUGAAGACGAGUUUCGUGUCUUUGGAGUUAUUCGAAGUGUGUGGGUUGCUAGAAGGCCACCAGGUUACGCUUUCAUUGACUUUGAUGAUCACAGAGACGCCGAGGAUGCAAUUCGUGAAUUAGAUGGCAAGAAUGGCUGGAGAGUUGAGCUUUCUCAUAAUUCUAGAGGCAGAGGUGGACGUGGAGGCGGAGGUGGAGGUGGUCGGGGACGGUCGGGUGGUUCUGAUUUGAAGUGCUACGAGUGUGGUGAGGCCGGUCAUUUUGCUCGAGAAUGUCGUACACGUGGUGGUUCUGGAAGACGUCGCAGCCGCAGCCCUAGAUAUCGUAGGAGCCCAAGCUAUGGGCGCAGAAGUUACAGUCCUCGUGGACGAUCCCCUAGGCGUCGCAGUCCCUCUCCUCGUGGGCGUAGCUACAGCAGGUCUCCACCAUACCGUGGUCGUGAGGAAUUGCCAUAUGCUAAUGGAAAUGGUGCAAGGGAACGCCGACGGAGCAGGAGUUAAGUGCUGCAAGGAUGUAACUCUUAUGUGAAGGGACUGAUUAAGUGUGUUUAGUUUGUUGACUUCAGUGCUACUGUUUUAAUUGGGCAACGCCCGCAGCAUCUUGGAUUUGGUUAAGUUACUUUCUGUUUUUCCUUAUUUCUAUGAUGGUUUUAUUUGCUUUAUCUAUGCUAAGUACUUUUUUAUGCGUAGGGGGGGAAACUUAAAAUGACCUCUAUAAUUUUAUUGAGAAAUCAUUAAAGAAAUUCUGCUAAAAAGUUCAUGCUUUUCUUUUGUGUUGAGGUGUCUUCUGGGUCUGCCUCGUUACUUUUCUGCUUCUACACGUCUGGGAUUUGCUUCUUUGCUGCCCGUCUAUGGGAUCUUCAAUAUUUGAUCAUUGUGGGUCCCAUUUGUCAUCAUCUGUAGUUGCUACUGUUUGAAUGAAUCUCUCCUGCUGUGAUGAACCUUCGUCAAACUCUAGUGGCUUUACUUACUUUAUCUUAAAAGGAUUGAGGGAGCUGCCUCAAACGCUGCUUCUGGCAGGUACUAUAUCUGUUCUACAGAAGUUGAUGUUUUAGGGUCCUUACAAGAGUGGGAUUGGUAAUUUACAGACCUUAUUUUUUGUGCAAACUUUUUAGAAAACAUGACGGUAAAAUAUUUUGAAAGAUGCAAGGAUAUUUUGCUUACUGUUUUUCUUCAACAUGUUUGUGGUCAUUCAGCUGACAAGCAAGAAUAAAUUUGGAGUCUUCUACUUCUGUUGGGUUGGAAAGUUGGGAAGCUGUACUCACUUUUCUUCCUAGUGUCUGCAUCUAGUUCCAGAUGAUUAUGCUUGACAAAAAGUGUGUGCUUGAUAUUUUUCUUUCGAAUAUUUUGAGUUUUUUUGCGUGAGUGUCUUUGGCGGUACAUAAAUUCGGGAGCGUUCUGGGAUGGUUGACUCUUAGUUGCAGAACUUGAUGAUCUCGAACAAAGUCACAAUAUCCUCACAAGUUAAUCAUGAUUCGCCGACCUUGCUAUAUAUCUUUGGGUCCCUUGGUAGGCUGCAAAACAAGCAUAGGUGAAGUGACUGGCCUGUCAUCUUUGGUGUGACUGGAUGAUAUUUAACCUACCAAAAUAGGUUGGUUUCUUGUCUAGCUGUUUACCAUCUUUGAAUAGGAAGACUAAUCAUCAUUUGGCGUCAUGAAUUUUUUUUGCUGUAUACGAGAUGCUAAUGUUGCUCAAAUGUCCCAAUCAUGUUUUUGGCCCUCUGGUUAACUCUGAAACAAGACUUAGGGACAAAGUUUUCAUGUCAGAUAUUUAAGAGUGAGGUCAUGUUAGAUUGGGUGUUGUUUUGUUUUAUAAACAGUUGGAAUGAUAAAAAGUCCAACAAAUUCAUUGUUCAUGAGUUUAAUUUAAUUUCUGAAAUUAUUGUAUGCAA